GCUCUGCCGCCCUGGGAGCGGCAGCCGCCCUCUCCAAUUAAGGUGCAGGGGCGGGAAUGGCGUGGCCGUCCCGACGCGGGGAACCAAUAGGAUUGGGGUUCAUGGGUGUGGCCUGAAGAAUGGGCGUGGUCUUAGCCGGGGUCCAGGAUUUCUGGUGCAGACCCAGGCAGAGCGGCUUGGGAGAGCUGAGCCGAGCAGUUUGGGGUGCUUUGCCCCUGCGUAGAAAACGCCUGCUAAUGCUUUCUCAUUCGGACCGGACUCCAGUUUGGGAGCAGUGGUGUAGCUUGAAUCACCUAGAGAGAAAAAUUGUAAAGCUGUAAGAAGAAAGCAUUUCAAUUUGGGACCCUUACUUGCAACUGGCAAUGGGGAAUGGACUAUCAGACCAGACUUCUAUCCUGUCCAGCCUACCAUCAUUUCAGUCCUUCCACAUUGUUAUUCUGGGUUUGGACUGUGCUGGAAAGACAACUGUUUUAUACAGGCUGCAGUUCAAUGAAUUUGUAAAUACCGUACCUACCAAAGGAUUUAACACUGAGAAAAUUAAGGUAACCUUGGGAAAUUCUAAAACAGUCACUUUUCACUUCUGGGAUGUUGGUGGUCAGGAGAAAUUAAGGCCACUGUGGAAAUCAUAUACCAGAUGCACAGAUGGCAUUGUGUUUGUUGUGGACUCUGUUGAUGUUGAAAGGAUGGAAGAAGCUAAAACGGAACUUCAUAAAAUAACCAGGAUAUCAGAAAAUCAAGGAGUCCCUGUACUUAUAGUUGCUAACAAACAAGACCUGAGGAACUCACUUUCUCUCUCAGAAAUUGAGAAGUUGUUAGCAAUGAGUGAACUGAGCUCAUCGACUCCGUGGCAUUUGCAGCCCACCUGUGCGAUCAUAGGAGAUGGACUAAAGGAAGGACUUGAGAAAUUACAUGAUAUGAUAAUUAAAAGAAGAAAAAUGUUGCGGCAGCAAAAAAAGAAAAGAUGAAUAUGAUGAGUACCUUUUGUAUCUGUGUGGAAUAGGUGGCCUCAUCGAUUUUGACAAAUGGAAGAGUGUCUUCAACCUGGUUUGCUCGCCUGUCUGCCCAUCUGGAUGCUAUUAAAGCUUUGUUUUGUUGAACAAUCAGAUGCCCACAUCUGUUGCCUUGUGGAAGAUGAGUAAAUGCAGUGCUUCUUAAGGUGGUCUCACUACCCCACAAUUCCUUUGGUACUACCAUUUUGAGAAGCCAAGCAAAGAUAGUAAAUUGACCAGAAAGCAGUUUAUGGAAAUUUGACUUGAAGUUCAUGAAAUAAAACUUUGAAGAGUGUC